CUGGGAUCCAUGAGUGCCUCCCAACCUGCCGAGGAGUAUUCUUCGCUCCCUCUCCCGUCACGCCUGUGGAUCUGGGACAAGAAUGUGUAUCUGGAUGAGAACCAACGCCCCUGGCUGCCCACGAUCAUCCAGAGGGAGAAUGACUUCCGAGUGGUGAUGCAGCAGGAGAAUGUCUCCCUGGGGGAGCCGAUGACCCCCAGCCAGCUCCAGCCACGGGAGCUACCUCUGUUGUGGCAGCUCUACCCUGAACAGAAGUACCGGGACUCUAAUUCCAACUACUGGCACAUAGUGUGCCACAAGAUGCAAAGUGGCAAGCAGAGGCUGGUUCUCAAGAAGUUGCCCGAGGAGGACUAG